AUGAAAACAGGGACUCAGAAUACUGUGAUCGAUAAUAUUGUCAUGGAGGAUAUUGAAUAAAUGCUAAAAACAAGUUUAUUUGAUUAGAAGACUCAAAAUCAAUUGGUUUCUGCUUUUGACACAGUCUAUGGCCUGUGGGAAAAGAAUAAGAAAUUAUAGCUUAAGUUUUUCGAGAGAGAAAUAGAUAAAAAUUUGAAGAACAUAUAAAGUCAACUAUAGGAGUUAUAACAAAAUAAGAGUUCAGGUCUGUUUUCUUAUUUUUAGUAUGAUAAAGAUACGUAAGACCUUUAAUCUUCUAUUAAAAUUCAAUUAUUGGAGUUAUAGAAAUAAGUCUAGUCAAUUUAUAAUUCGGUUGAUUGUGAAGUGGGUAUCUUAAAUUUAGGGGUGAUUGAAUUAAAUUAUAUCGGAGCAAAACUCCAAUUUUUAUUAAACCAUCCAAAAUAUCAACCUAUUGGAUUUAUAAUAGAAUUUCAAAUUUUUGAAUCAGAUUAACCAAAUGAAUAUUAGAUGAUCAUUUCGCGCAAAUACCUAAUUUAGAAAUUUCAAUAAUAAUAUGGAAAAUAAGAUACACACGUUCAUAAACUCAAUAACCAAAACGAUAAAGCAUUUAUGAUUUUGACAUAUAAUAUUGUUGAAAAAUAAUUGGCUUUAUUAACAGAACAUGACCCAUAUAUUAUUAUAUCAAGUGCGAAUCAAUCCAGAAUUUAUUUAGACAAGGGGAUGUUGUUGAUAUUCGACAAUUUUUACGAAUUAAAAGUAACUCAAACCAACACUAAAAACAUUAAUUAGGAGCAAUUAUCUAGUUCUAAUGACACUUUGUAGGAUAAAUUUGAAGAAACAAUUAAAAUAGAUGGAUAUGGAUAUAUAUAAUUUGAGAUUACUAAUUUAAGAACAAGGAAGAUUGAAUUUUAUCUUAAGAAUUCAAAUUUAGACCUAAGCAAUCACAUAUCUGGCUUAUAAGCUAUUCUUUAUCAUGACUGCAAUGGGUUUUAUAUGAUUCCUAAACAGAAUGCUGCCCAUUACAAAUUAAUUUACGAUAACAAAUUAAUAACCAAGGAUUCUCUAGUAAAUGUUGGAAUAUAGCUAUAAAAUAAAUUUUGGAUAGAAGUAGAACUAGAUAAAGCGAAAAUUGAUUGCUUUGUGCUUGACUGA